UCUCGUUUUGUUAUGUCUAUAUCACGUGUAUGAACUUCCAAGGUUUAUGCUUGUGCUUAUCGCACAGUGUGAACCAAGCUCUAGCUUUAUAGUUAUUUUGAUUCCAGUUAUCUGCCUUACGCAGCUGCAAGUUCGUUAUUUACUCAACAUGAAACGCAUUGUGACCUUUUUUCUUUCUGUAUCGCCUCUGUACCUAACCCUUGGACCAUCAAUUGAAACCGGUGUUGGGAGUUGAAAGGAAUUUACUUUUAACGCUGUUAUGCUCAACAGUAAAAAAUUAACCAAUAUUUUAUCGGACUUUCAAACGUACUGUAGUGAGUGCUUAUCAUUUGGAUUUGAUGUUGUUUGUUGGUUUAAUGAAAGCUCCUUUUCUUUUUCCCGCAGCUGCCAAACCGACUAGGCCAAAGAGACCAGGAAAACCUGCAGGUGUGUGUUUGCCUAAAGAGCAAAAAUAUUACGUUUAUUUUGACAUUUUUUUAACAUUUCUCCUGUUGUUUAGUUUUCUUUUAGUACUCUUGGUAUCAAACAAAGCUUAGUAGAGAAAUCGUUUGUAUACUUCCUAAAUUUUGUAUUUCAAUUCUAUUUUGUCCGACAGCCGUUGGCCGCGCAGGCGCAGUUUACCCGCUCAGUUCCUCCACACGAGGUAAAGACGUCAGCACCAACGGCAACCCACCAGGAAGACGCAGCUACGUCAGAAACACGCGUGGCCCCGAUGGCGUGCCAGGGACGGCAACGUUUUUUUACGGCCGUGCUAACAGUUACAUUCAGUUCCCGAACCGCGGUAGACUAGACACGAGGCGAUCCAUCACCCUCUUGGCGUGGAUCAAACACCUGGGACGCGCGGGACCCAUCUUCAACUACAUGCCGAAUGGCUGGGGCGUGCACCUCUGGAUGGUCACACCAAGAACGCUGUUUGUACGCUUCACACGUCGAAGAGGACGGCGUUUCACACCCGCGGUGACUAGUCGCACAGUUCGGUAUCGAACUUGGGAGUACGUCGGUGCUGAGUACGAUUAUCGAACUGGAAUCGCUCGGCUGUUUGUUAGAAAUAGAUUUGUUGCUUCGCGACGUAUUGGACGCAUAAGACUGGCCACUAAUUACCCAGUUAGAAUGGGCGCCAGGAUUACAGACAGGAGGUACUUCCGUGGUAGCAUUUCCUGUAUGCAGGUAUACAAGAAGGCUUUGUCUGCCAGACAGAUCCUUGCUAGGCGAACGAGGUGCUUUAAGAGAGUUCCACGACUGCAUCCUCCACGACCCAGACCGCCUCGACCAAGACCCAGACCUAGGCCCUACCCUGGUGGAAAAGGUAUUUCUUGAUUGGCGUACCUUCAAAAUCCGUUUUUGAAUCAAAGUUCAUUGAUUUUUUUGGUUUUCGGUAUUCGUGUCGACAAUCGUUGAGUUCAAUUCUGAGCCAUUUUAUUUACGUGAUGUUCUCAAAAGUCCAUAGCUUUGGCUCUUGACGCUUUUAGAACACUCCAGAAAGACCUUUCUUUCAUGAUUAGCGGUGAAAUGUAGCCUCAAAUCCUGGUUUAAUCGUCAAGCUCUGCUAGUGGUUGACGGAAACAAACUUCCACCCUUGAUAUAGGUCAAAUGACAGUUACGGAUGACGUUUACUCAGGCGCGCCAUCUUGUAUACAUGUUCGUCUAUCACUAAUUUUAUACCAAUAUUUCUUUGAUCUUCAGUUUGCCGAGCCAGAAUCGAUCUUGCUUUCCUAAUCGACGCCUCCGGAAGUGUUGGGCCUGCAAACUUCCGCCGCUGCUUAGCUUUUGUCAAAAACAUGGCGCGUGUGUUCACCAUCUCCAGAAGCUUCACCCGAUUCGCAAUCGUUCUUUACUCGUCGCGACCUUCCUUGAUGUUCGGGUUUAACCGUUACACCAAUCGACGGUCACUGCUACGAGCGAUUGGUCGCAUACGGUACACAGGUGGAGGUACCAAAACGGGCUUCGCGCUUACGUACACUUAUCAGAGGGUCCUUCGCUUUAGCAGGCGAAGAGGCAAGGUCUUGAUUGUCAUGACCGAUGGUCGAUCUUAUGAUAAUGUGUUACGUCCUGCUGUAAGGAUUCGGGGCAGAGGUAUACGAAUACUAUCCUUCGGAGUUGGUAAACGGUUCAGUAUGGGACAACUACUGCAGAUGUCAGCCAACAGGCGAAAUGUGUUUACUGCUGAUUUCAAGAACUUGAGGUCUGCGGUCAGAAGUCUGAAAAGGAGGGCCUGUGCAGCGGCAAAACCUCGACCUCCUCGACCCGUCCAACCACCAAAACCAGUGGCUAUAAGACGAGCCGUCGCUGUUUAUCCGCUGAACCGUUACACCAAAGGAAGAGACAUCAGCUUCUCAAGGAAUCCCCGCGGAACACUCGGCCGAGUCAGAUACGCCCCUGGUCCUGAUAAUUCACCGGGUGGCGCAAUAGAAUUCUACGGUCGCAAAUACAGCUACGUUGAAUUCCCUAACCGAGGUAAAAUCGACACGAAACGUUCCAUAACUCUUCUGGCAUGGAUCUAUCACACUGGUCAAGCUGGACCCAUCUUUAACUACAUGCCGAACGGCUGGGGCGUGCACUUCUGGAUGGUUUCUCCUAGAAACCUGUUUGCACGGUUCACGCGUCGAACAGGGAGGCGUUUCAGUCGUGCUGUCUACAGUCCAAGCGUGCUACCGCGAAAAUGGCAGUUGGUGGGAACAACGUACAGCUACAAAACCGGUAUAGCCCGUUUGUUCGUGAACUCGAGGUUUGUGGCGUCUAAGCGUGUUGGACGAUUCAGGCUGGCGACCAACUACCCGGUCAGAAUGGGAGCUCGUGUUGGAGACAGACGAUACUUUAAAGGACGAAUCUCUUGUAUGCAGGUCUACGGUCAAGCGUUGAACAGGAACCAGAUUCUGGUUCGGCAGAGGAGAUGUUUCAAACCAGGUAAUAAUCCCUGGGUCCACAAAAUUCAGUAAAGUUACCAGGAUUUUGAAAUCUGGGCAAUCACUUUGAAACGACCAAACUGUUCAUUGUGCAUGACCUCUGCCAUUUUGACCAAUAUAAAUUGUCGUACCAUUGUGAAAGUUUUCUUUGUUUUAUUUUUUCUCUAUAUUCGUAGUCCCAGUUAGACCCAAGCCAAGACCAGUGAGACCAGUGAGACCAACCAGGCCUAGAGGUAAGUGCUGUCGUUUGUUCCUUCUUCCCUUCGUGUUCUCGUUGCUUCGUUUUUUCUUCCCUCCUUGCCUUGUUGCCUCGUCCCUGCGUUUCUGCGUUCUCUUGUUGCCUCGUUCCUGCGUUCU